GAAAAGCUACAGGGAACUGUUGAGGAGAGGGUGCUAGAAUACGUGCUUCAGAGGAAGAUUUAUGAGCGUUCCACAGGAUGCAGGAUCUGCUCAAGUUUUGUGAGGUAACAAUGGAGACAGAGACAAACUCCUUCCAUGUGGAUUUCCCCAACUUUUCCUGCUCCCUGUUAAAGAAACUGAACCAGCAGCGUCAGAGGGGUCAACUGUGUGACCUCAUUGUGGCCAUUGGUGGCCAUCGUUUCCGGGCUCACCGUGCCGUGCUGGCCGCAAGCUCGCCAUAUUUCUGCGAUCAGGUGCUGCUGAAGAACAGCGCCCGUGUGGUUUUGCCAGAUGUCAUGCAUCCUGGCGUCUUCGAGCAGCUACUCUUAUCCUGCUACACAGGAGCGCUCUCAGUGCCAUCCAGUGAGGUGGUGGCCUUCCUCACUGCUGCCAGCUUCCUGCAAAUGUGGCACGUGGUUGACAAAUGCACUGAGCUUCUAGAGGUGAGACAUAAGAAAAGAAAAUGUGGCGGGCAUUUCGAAUAUGGGAAAUCUCCAAAAGUAGAUGAUUAUGGCACAGAUAACGAGGAUGCUGGCCGGACUGCAGGUCAAGAAAAAGAUAGAGUUGAAGAUAGGAUUUCAAUUCCUGCUUUACAAAGUGCCAGCUGCUCUCCUCCGGAAGAUCUGUGCAGGGAGAAUGGGUUGGGUGCUAUGGAGAAUCAAUAUUUAAGACCUGGCCGUGUGCCACCAAGCAUUAUGGUACACAGGAAAAAGGUGCAUGUGAAAGUAGAGAGGACAAACCGAGAACCCUGCACUGGUCUGUUUCACGAUGAGUCCACCGUAGAAGCUGACACGGACCAUAACUGUCCCACUCCAAACAUCGUUGACGGUUGUUUUGAUGAGAAACUUGUGAAACGCCUUGAGGAGUGCCUGGAUAGAGGUUGCUCCUAUGAAGAGCCCUUGGACUUCUACGGAACUUCCAUGGAGAGCUUUUCACAAGCUGCGGACAAGAUCACCAACCCGACAUCCAAGAAUAAGCAGCAACUAGAUGGAGUUAUGGAUGUUGCUAAAGACGAGGAGGCAUCGACCCAUGGUUACAGUGACCUAAAGGAGCAAACGUCUCACUCAGGGUUUGCCUCUGUAGUUUAUAAGCUCUAUCCGUGCCAAUGCGGCAAGAGCUUCACUCACAAAAGUCAGCGAGACCGCCACAUGAGUAUGCACCUGGGUUUACGGCCGUUCGGCUGUGCCAUGUGUGGCAAAAGUUUCAAGAUGAAGCAUCACUUGGUGGGUCACAUGAAGAUCCACUCAGGCAUAAAACCGUACGAGUGCAGCCUGUGCGCAAAACGUUUCAUGUGGCGAGACAGCUUCAACCGCCAUAACUCCACAUGCGCAAGGGCUCACCAGAAACGACGGGUCAGAGUGGAUCCCGCCUCCUUGUAGGAACCUUGUAAGAACACAUGAGAGGCUGACAUUGCCAGAAUGUCAAACAUUUGGUUUCUAUUGAAAAUAAGCACCUCAGUUUGGGAGGAUUUGUCCAGGUGUACCUCAAAAAACAUAUAGGCUGCAUCUGAAAUUGCAUACUGUCAGAAUAUGCACUGCAUUUGAUGAAGAUGACUUCUUGGCUGGUGUAAAAAUAUGUUCUUUAGGUAUGCAGGUGAGAAUCUUAAAAUUUCCGGAAAUACUUGUGGCAAUGCCAAUGUGGGCAUUGUCCCAUGAACCGAAUAUAUAGUAACAACUACCAUGAAAAUAAUAAAGUCUGGUCUUGUUAAACAAGUAAAAUUUAACCACAAGGAGUUUAACCACAACUUUCUUGGUAAAUAGCACUUAAAGUUGAAAAUAUCUGCCCAACUUGUGGUUCUCCACGUUUUUUAAAUUCAGAGUUUUGAAUAUGUGUCAAUGGCCUCAAACCUACUUCCAGGUAUUUCUCACCUACUUUUUUAUGAGGAUUCGGACACCCUACUCCAUUGCCAUACGGUUUUUUGCAUACUAUAAAGUAGUUGGGAAGUAUGCAUAUUCAGACGCAGCCAUAGUUUCUACUGACGGGAUGGUUUAAAGUCAACAUGAAAGCAAAAUUGAUCUUUUUUACUUUAUUGUGCGCAGUUCAUCAGGGCAUACUGUUUUAAAAUGUCAUAACACUAAUGUAAAAACUGUAAUGCAAAAAAGGCUCCGCCUCUAAAACAACUUUCCAUUUUGGCUGGCAUCACAUAGAUGGCUAUCCAAAUGCCAAAUAGCGUUUUAUUUUUUGGCAGCUAUUGUAGUUAACACAGCCUUUCUAAAAUCUUGCUAGUUAACAGAAUAAUAACUGUAGUUAUUAAGUAAGUAACUGCAAUAAUAACAAGUAACAAUGGAAUUGGAAACGAAAUGUGAACGUUGGUGAACUUUGACCUUCAGUCUCCAAAAAGCCACCUCAAAUUUGUGUGCUUGCGGCACAAAAAUAAAAGGAUUUUGGCAUCUUGUUAAAUUAACUAAAAAUAAUAGUUCACCCAAAAACUAUCAUUUACUCACAUUCAUGCCAUCCCAGAUAUAUAUGACUUCCUUUCUUCAGUUGAAGAAAAAUAGAAACAUAUCUCAGCUCAGUAGGUCCUUAGGAAGGUCCCCUAGGAAGCGGGAGCCGGGUAAACAAUCCACAUUCCACAAUCCUUUUUAUUGCAAACACUUUUUAUUCUAAAACACUCUGUUUGCUUUUCAGCAACACACACAAGACUCUGCUGACACGGCUCCUUCCACUGGACUGGAUGUGGUGCACCCAUUUUAGUCAGAUCAGUUAGCGGGCCGGUGACUGUCGAAUGAAAAACUCUGUCAUUUUAUCAAUUUGGGGCAGCACCUGCCCAUGACCCAAGUUGAUGUCCAGAUACCGUAUUUCCACCCACCCAAUUGCACACAUCUUUGGGUUUGCCGGUAGUCCCGCCCAUCUCAACGAUCUCAGGACAGUCCUCAGAUGCUGCAGGUGCCACUGCCAAUCAUGACUGAAAAUUAUGAAACAAAAACAGGGCUUGCUGGACCCUGAAUAUGCCGCCAUAUCGUCCUAACACCAGAUCGAGCACUCACUCUGCGUCACAUUCUUCAGCCAGCAGCCAACUUCGGCAGGUGUCACGUAGCUGUUGGACGAAUGCGAACGGGUGGCCGUGCUCGCAAAGCAUCCACAAGCUUAAAUGCUGCUGAUGUUGUUCUGGGCUACGGCCAACAAAGAUGGCCUUCUUCAAAUCCUCGUACACCAGGAGGUUGGCCGCAAGAAGUUGUUGGGCCACGAGUUAGGCUUCCCCGGACAACAGCGGCAGUAUACGGGCCGCCCACUGGGACCUCGGCCACUUCCAUGCAUCAGCUGUCUGCUAGAAGAGCUCAACGAAGCCUUUGGUUCGUAUUGAGUUCCCAUCUUGCAAAGCAUGACGUGUGGCACAGCCAUAGGUGGGUCCGGUGGUCCUGGUUCGUGGCCCCUUCUGGUGUACCAAGCUCGGUCCUCCGCUUGAGCCUGGAAGAGCGCCUGAUGCUCCAUAAAGCACAGACAAUCAGCAUUAAUGUCAUCCAUACAACUCUUUUGUUCACAUGAACCGUACCCCAGACCACCUUUUUAAGCGGACCCGAGUACGGUUCGCGGGUGCGCACCCGAGUUCGGAAGACAGCGUUCACAUCAUCCAAACGAACCGAACUCUGACGUCAUUCGAACCGGGGUGCGCACCAAAAGUGCUAGGGUGAAAGCCCCCUAAAGCUUGUUGUUGUGCUGCUGUUGGUCCAGCCUCCUCCAUUAACCUGUGCUCCUGGUCAGAGUACCCGGGUUCAAAUAAAUAUGGCUGUGCAAACACUGUGCAAAAUCUCUUUUUCUCCUGCUAAAUCUGACAUCUGUGUUUAAAUUUGCUUAAAUGUGUUUACGCCGUUUGGUCUGUACAGCGUUCCUCCUACUGUUACAACUGUUGUAAACAGCGCUGCUCUGGGUGUGCCGCACAUGCGUCACUUCUCGUGCGAACACGCCAACACCAGUACAUCACAUGAGAGACCGCGUGACCUCAGCCCUCUCGUGAACACGCAUACCACUACUUAACAGAAGUGAUUAUUUAUUGUUAAAUAGUAUGUAAAUAUUGAUCUUUUUCACACAAAAAGGAUUGUAUCGCUUUAUAAGACAUAUUUAUAAGUAAUUUAACCACUCGAGUUGUUUAAUGCAUAUUGUUAAAAUCGUGUUACCAUCCACUUCCAUUAUAAGGACAUUCUGAGCUGAGAUAUUUGUCUACAAAUGUGUUCUGCUGAAGAAAGGAAGUCAUAUACAUCUGCGAUGGCAUGAAGGUGAGUAAAAGAUGAGAGAAUUAUCAUUUGUGGGUGAACUGUCCCUUUAAUUAUAAUGAAUUGAAGCAACAUUAUUCUAGAACAUUUCGUCGCAACUCGACUUCAUUGCGUUCUAUCCAUUAACAUUUGUAAAAGUUUACUUAAGCCACUUGAGUUUGGACUACAUGAAUACAUUUUAUGGUGUUCAUGUAGCAUUAAUUAAACUCGGCAGGGGAUUUCCAUUUACCAGCAUGCUUUUCAUGGGACUCAAUGCUAAAAUUAUUAUUAUUUAUGUGUUUUUGUGCAAGAUGAAUAUAAAGGGUAUACUUGUUAGUGUUUAAUGUUUUAUUUUGUUGAGAUUUGAUGGUGUUUCUGUUAUAUUGGAGUUUUGGGGUUACCAUAACGAUGAUGACAGGUAGAUGUCGCACAUGAAAUUGAAUACUCACUUUGUUGAGCAAAUGCUGUGCUAACCAUUGCAUGUAUUUAGCAUGCUAACAUUCACUUUCACUAGUUAGUACAUAAAGAAAUAAAAUACAUCUAUUUGAGUUAAAUUGACAUGUCUAAUUUUGUUGGGUGUACUCAAUUCAACUCGGUUCUUUCUACACAAAGUGUUUAUGUUAAGAUUAGAUAGUAAUUAGAGGUUGACUGAUAACUAAGGUGGUGGGAAAGGCCAAUAACCAAUUAAUCGGCUGGUAGUUUUUUUUAAUUGAUUUAUAGAAUGCAAAUAAAUACAUAAUCGUAUACUUUAUUAUGGCGGGCAAAGACAAAGAGUCUUUAAUGAAAUUAAUAAAAUCCCAGAUGCAGUUUUUUGUUCAACCAAAAUCGUAAAAGUAACUGAAAAAAAAAAAAAGACUUUUGAGUACAAACAAGCCCGAAACACACUGGGGACUCUUAUUUUGAAAUGAAUAAAUGAUGAUAAAACUUUCGCAACUAUCGACAGAUUUUUUGCAGAUAUCCGAUAGUUGUUGUGGUGGCGUAGUGGUCUAAAGCACAUAACUGGUAAUCAGAAGGUUGCUGGUUUGAUCCCAACAGCCACCACCAUUGUGUCCUUGAGCAAGGCACUUAACUCCAGGUUGCUCCGGGGGGAUUGUCCCUGUAAUAAGUGCACUGUAAGUCGCUUUGGAUAAAAGCGUCUGCCAAAUGCAUAAAUGUAAUUGUAAACGUUCCAAAAAGCACCGAUUAAUCUGUCUACGGUCUACGUCUCUAAUAGUAAUUUUACGUUAAAAAACAUGGAGCCACUGUCCACGAUUGAAUAAAAUUCAGCUAUUGUUUGAUUGAGGAGUGCAAUAGUAGACUGUAAACUCACAUUCACUUCAUUCCGAUAUGACACACCCACUUUUUUCACAAUUUGUAGAAUAAACUCACCGCUUUUGUUCUUAGGAGUAUCACACAUUACAGAUUGAAAUUGGGUUGUGAAUGCCAUUUCAUGUUGACUUUAAUGUCAUUCUAAUAUCUGAGAUGUGAUUAGUGUAUAAAUACUCUACCACAUGGUUUAAAUCUCCCAGAAUAGCUUCGAAUUAUGUCUUAUUAUUCAUGUUUUAUCACUCUAAGCGCAUUGGAGUUCAAAUUUUAAGUAUAAUUGUCUUACGCAUAUAGAAAUAUACCGCAAUGCGGCAUAAUGCAGGAUUUUUUUGGAGGGUUUAUUUUGCCUUUGAUUGAGUUGUUGGCACGAACACAUUUGCAGAUGUCUAUCAUUUGGUUGCUCAACUGUGGCUAGUGUGUUUAUAGGAUUUCACUGAGAACAGCGAUUAUUUCAGCCAUGAAACUGCUAAGCCAUUUAUAAUCCAUCUAAUGCUCUGAAAGCCAACAGAUUUAUUAGGAGGAUUUUGAAAAUAAGAGAAAAAAAAGGUCAAAUACAAUCCUGCGUAAUGUUGCAUAAAUGGCAUUGACAUUUUCAACAACUUCUGCAUGUGAUGCUCUUUUUGUCAACCAAAAAUAUUUUUAAUGUGCCAUAAAUAUAUAUAUAUAUGAUUGAAUCUCAAGAAACCAUGUCUGGGUCAUAUUUGCCCCAAAAUGAAAAGACAAAAAUAAGAAAAGUAAUUUUUCAGAAAGAAAAUGAAGCUUACACUCAAAACACAAACUUAUUCCAUCAAUUAAAUUGAGUAAUGGGGUCUCCAAAACUUGUGCAAUAAAGUUCACUUGGUGUUCAUCUAGAAUGAUCUGAAGGUAAUUAGUUGCAUGUAGAUUUAACUCAGAUUUGCUAUUUAAAUAUUGUUGU